CAGACCUAUGUUGCCGCACGUGUGUAAAACAUACUUCUGAUCAAAAUGAAACAUAAACAUCCGAAAAACAAGGCCAAACCCUACAAUAAACCAACGCCUGCGCGUCGAAAUGACAAGUUCUCCAAGAACUAUAGUUACAUCCAGAGGAGCAAGCAAAUGGAGGAGACGCGUCGGAGGGAAAGGAUACCGACAGUGCCUAAACAGGAAUUCGAGCCCGUGGCCGAACUCCUGCCGGAGAUUCAGGACGAGACUGGAUUUUAUGAACAGCUCGUGACUGGUUUUAGUCACAUCCCAACCAGUCAAAUUCUUGGUUCAAAUCCGGAUAAAGAAAUUGAUCCUGUUACUAAAAGUGUUAAAGCCAAAAAGAAACAAUGCUCUCAAAAAAUAUGUGCAGAAUUGGAAACAUACAACACGUUUUCGAAACGCUUUGAUUUUGAGCUGUCCACAGACAAUAUCAACGAUUUAAUUGCCGGUAAGGAUGUGAAAACCACCAAGAGCGAUUGGUCUGCCUUGGGAAAGGUGAAGUUUGACUUUCCACGACUGUCUAAAGAAUUUAAAGAGCCGGACUGCACUGAGCCCAAGCAAAUUGUUCAGUCUUCAGAUCUCCAGAAGUUGGAGGUAAAAAUGCCCAUUCCCGGAAACGCCAAGCUUCCACUCACCGCACUGCAGUCCCAACUCUUCUACAUUGCGAACAACUAUCAGGAUCUUUACUAUCCCCAAAGAACGCAUGGUAAUGGCGAGGAUAUCAGAUAUGUGUAUUGUCUGCAUGCCCUAAAUCACAUGCUCAAAGUCAGAUCUCUGAUAUUGCGAAACAAUGAAAAGGUCUCCGUUCUUGCCAAGACCCAGAAAAUGUCACCUAACGAAAUCUCCAUACCAGAAAUUUUUAGAGACCAGGGAUUAAAGCGAAUGAAGGUAGUUUUUAUAGUGCCUUUCAGAGAAUCAGCUCUAAAGAUAGUAAAUAUUAUCGGGGACCUACUGUUUGGCGGUCAAGACGAUCAGGCCAGAAAGACUUCUAUUGCCAACUAUGAACGCUUUCUACAAGAUUACUCUGGCAACACAAUUUAUUUCCCAAAAACCAACCCCAAGCCGGUUGACUAUGAGCAGACAUUCAGUGGCAACACAGAUGACAACUUUAAGCUGGGUAUUCGGUUUACCAAGAAAACCAUGUCCCUUUUCUCCGAUAUGAACUUGUCGGAUAUAUUAAUUGCAUCUCCGUUGGGAUUAAGAAUGCUAGUCACGGACAAAGACAACGAUUUUGACUUUUUAAACUCAAUUGAGCUGCUUGUAAUUGACCAGGCUGAACUCUUCUUGGCCCAGAAUUGGGAGAACCUUUUGCACUCUCUGGACCAUUUACAUUUGCAACCGCAAAAGCUGCCCGAUGCAAAUUGUCAACGGGUUCGAACGUGGUGCCUGAGUGGAGCUUCAAGUUUCUACCGCCAAACCCUGCUUUUCUCAUCUCAUGAUCUUCCUGAGUUUCGAGCAGUGCUUAAUAGUAAAUGCAAAAACUACCAGGGAAAAGUACGAAUUGCAAAUCAAGUGGAACACGGAGACAUCCGCAAUGUGCUUACACCACUUCAGCAAGUUUUCCGCCGAAUUAGUUGCUCAAGUGUGGAGUCCACAUUUGACGAUCGAUUCGAGUACUUUGUAAAAAAUAUUAUGCCCCAGUUUAGUAAGCCAGGGUUUUCUCAUUGCAUGCUGUACGUUCCCAGCUAUUUUGACUAUGUACGGAUACGAAAUUAUUUCAAAACCGAAAUGGUCAGCUUUGUGCAGAUCAAUGAGUAUACGAAGAAAGAAAAAAUUUCCCGGGCGAGAGAUAUAUUCUUCCACAGCGGAGCAUCUGUUCUUCUGUACUCGGAAAGAGCACACUUCUUCCGGCGCACCCGAAUUAAGGGCAUCCGGAAUUUGAUUAUGUAUCAGCCACCCAAUUUUCCGCACUUUUAUUCAGAAAUGAUAAAUUUAAUGCUUGAGUCCAAUCAAAACCCGCGUGAUGGAUUUGGAGAAGCAAUGUCCGUCAAUAUCCUGUACACAAAAUAUGACUUGCUUACUUUAAGUAACAUUGUUGGAAGCGAAAACGCCGUCAAGUUGACCUCAGGAAAAAAAGAUUCUUACUUAUUUUCCACCAAAACGUAAUUGCUUUCAAUACCAGACUAAGAAAAAUAUGUACAUAUUUUAUUUUGAAUUAAAAAAUAUUUUUUUUAGCAUAGUAAUCAGUAA